AAUUUACUUUAUCAUGCCUUUAAAGAAGUAUGUUUAGAAAUAUAUCCAAUUUGGGAUCACAAAAUAUUGACUAUUGCUAGUAGUAGUGAUGAGAAAAAAAUGUUUUUCCAUAUAUCAACUUUUGAUUUACAAGAAAAAGAUAUUAUUAAUAAUAUUACCAACAAAAGCUUAUUUUCUUUACAAAUGCUUAAUACCCUGAAGAUAAUAGAAAAAAAAUGUAAUGAAAGUAGUAAAACAUUAUAUAAGUAUAUCCAUUCAAAGAGAGCGAUAUUUCUAAAAGAUAGUUCAGUCUUUGAUUUUAUACUUUAUCUAUCUAAUGAUGAGGCACCAGUUAUAGAUAGUCCUCUCUUGGAUAUUUUGAAAGAAAAAUUAUCAAUUGGAGAUGGGAAAAUACUAGAAAAAAAUAGAGUUGAAGACCCAUUACAAGGUAAUAAAAUCAAUGCUAGGAUAAUUAGAUCUGAAGUAGAAUAUAUAGAAAAAUUACUUAAGGAGUAUAAAAUCGAAGCAGAAUCUCAAUACUUACUUUGUAAUCAAGAGCAUACUAGUGAUAAUGUAUAUAUAAUCUGA